AUGUUCUAUCUAUUAAAUUUAUUAAUAAAUGAAAUUUUCUUUUUCGGCUAAAUUUAAAGAAAGGAUUUUAUUUUAUUCAUUUUAUUCGAUUAUUUGUAAAUCUUUUGUAUUAAUUUGUUUCAAAAGGCUUAAUAUUUCCUGUUUAUAUGGAUUUUUUUUUUAAGUAAUGUUUAUUUUCCAUUAAAAUUCAUCUUCUUAUUAAAAAUUUUCUUGUUAAAAAUUUAUUUAUUCGUGUAUUUAUUUUUGUAUUUCGAUUACAGUUUAUUUAGGUAUACAUUUUUUAUACAUUUCGAUUUCUAUUAAUUUCUAUUUCAUCUUUUUUUCCAAUUUCCUAUACUAUUAUUCUAAAUAUAAACAGUAAUUGAAUAUUUUCUUGUCAGUUAUUUUAGAUUAAAUUCGAAUAUUAUUAUUUUUACUUUAUGGACUGUUUUCGUUAUAGAUUCCUUUGUUUUCGCUUUAUAUUUAUUUAGUUUAUAAUGA